CAGGUACCCUUGUCACAUCGCUUCUUGCACCACCCGUAUUCCUCUUGACAAUCUGACCGUCAGUUUUCCAUCGUCAUCAUCAUAAUCAUCAUUAUCAUCAUCAUCGUCAUCAUUAUUUCGUUGAACUGUGGCCUCCAAUAGGCGGCAACGUUGUACCACAACCAGGACACCGCAGUCAUCCCAGCUUAUUUCCUUUGCAGACUUCUCUUCUAGGCAGAGCAUCUAUGCAUCUCACCCCCUAGGUGCUCCAACUUUUUUGGAGUUGCGUCGCUCGGUGCUGCGUCCCAUCCCACUUCUUUUCCGCCAUGGAACCGCCUCCUCAGCCUUCCUACUCGCGUCCAUCACCCUUGGGCGGCCCACGCGAAUCUUCACUCCCGUCUCUCCCUUCUCGCCUGUUCGGCCCGGCCGCGACGAACAUAGCAAACGGUCGAUCGCAGCAACCCUAUGAUCCGUUGAGUCGAAGAGAACAACUCGACAUCUCAGCGCGUGGACCCCCGCCAACGCCGCCAGCCUCGGUGGGCUACCCUUCUCGAUAUCUGUCCCGCGAUGUCACUCCCCAUUCCAGCUGCACGCAGUCCUCCUCGUCGUCGUCCUCGACGUCGUAUCUCACCACACCUCCCAUUCCGGACUCGUACCCUGCCUAUAGACCGCCGGCACACUCUCCGCGCGAAGUGGGUGGGAAGCACGGCCGGCGUCUGUCAAGAGACUACGGCACCAUACGCCAUGAAGCUUCAGGGCCACCCCUCCCCAUGUCUCGAGAAAUGUCCCAUCACUCGCAGCCCUAUGAUCAGCUUCGCAGAAGGUCCUUGGGAAGUACCGGUAGUCCUCCUGUCUAUCCGGGCCAUCCUGAUCACCAACCUCCACCCCCAGGUUCAUCCUUCGGAUCCCGCCAGAUGCCUCCACCCUCACCUCCGCCGCUCUUCCAAAGCCGUGCGACUCCAAUUCAGCCUGCCGCGCUUCCUCCCCCACAGCCAUCGUUUGCGCCGCGCGAUCCUCCAGCUCCUUCCCCUUCGUCGCAUCGCACGGGAAGCAGUAUGCCCAUAGCCUCAAUGCUUGGUUCGGAUCCCGAGAAGCCGUCUCGCGAGCCAAGUUCGUCUUCUCUGUUCUCGCGGCCACCGAUCCCAUCCAUGUCAGCGGGCACAACAGGACCCUCCGCGUCCGGGAAAAUGUCUCCGCCACCCGCACCCACUCGACAGCCGGCCCCGGAUUAUCCACCAUUCGGAAGGUCACACACGCCCGACCGAAGCAUAUUCUCAAAACCAGCCCCCAGACCAUACCGUCCGGACUCCAGGGCAACGGUUCUAGGCACCACUCAGACCUCCGCCGACGAUAGUCGUGUCGGGAGCUUAUUCCGUUCCCACGCCGGGCCUGCUUUUGGAGACAGACAGAUGCCGCAGUCCCCACGUAGCGCGUACGUCGAAUCAUCUUAUGCUUCUACAGACCGACGUUUAAGCCUUGGCGCACCGAUUCAACGGCCAAAUAGCCAGCCUCAACAUCUGCCCCAAUCGGAUGAAGCUCCAGCCCGAACAUCACUGUUCAGCCCAAUUGGCCGGUCAACACCUGGAUUUGGGGACAGAGGACCCGGCCAUCAACGAUCCGCGACAGGGUAUGCUGGCGUCGAAGGCCAUCCACAUGCAGCUUCCAGAUUUAGUGGUGUGCCGUCCGAACACCAUGGCCGAGACCUUGUCAGUCGCGAUCACGUUCAGGAACCCGGACACCAGCAACAACCCCAAGUCCGUUAUGGCCAACAUCAUUCAGAUAGAGACGAAAGGCAGUCAAGGGCGCCUUGGGAGCCGAAUCUACCACGGUUGUCUCCGGAGCCGGGUCGUUAUCCUUCGGGAGAAUCCGUCGCCGGUCGUGGGUUUGGAGGAUUGCACACCCACACCAAGUCCCUCGGGUCGCAGCCCGGUGCUCCGCGUUCCUUACCAGGUCCUCAGCUGCAACCGAGACAAGAGCCUUCUCCUUCGCAAGAGUCUUCUCCCUCAGCCACCCGAAGGUUCCCAAAUCCUCAAUUGUAUUCACCCGCACCCGGCCCGAGACCACCACCGUUCAGCGGCCCCGGAACAGAAGAGCAUCACCCACCGCGUGUCAUUGUGGAUGAACAAUUGCAUCAUAGAACUAUUUUGAAUCUCAAUGCAGAGAAUAAACGGGGAAGAGUGUCUCCUCUGCCGCAGGCUGUCCAGGGCGCCCAGGCUCAGCUGAUAGGACCUGCCGGAGAACCAGGAAUCCAGAGUGAGCUAGGAAGGGUCUUCUCUGGCAUUGGCAGUGGGGUCGGAGUGUCUGGCAGCGGCCCUCCCACACCGCUGGGUUCAUCAUCCUUUCGAAAAGAUGUCACCGGUCGCCCUUUGAAUUCCGAGCACGGUGAUGCAAUGGGAACCGGGGCCAAGCCAUCACGAUCGAACUCUCGCCGAAGCCGGAGAAUAAAAGAUGAGGAGGCAAGAGAAGAUAGUGAGUCUACCAAUGCUCAGCGUGAAACGUCCUUGGUACGCGGUGGUGGUGCCUCAAGAAGAGCUCGACAUGUACAUCACCACCACCAUCAUGGGCAUCAUCACCAUCACCACAGACAUAGACCAGACGAUGACACUGCCCACUCAGUGGCUCAACCAGGUGGCUCGUCACAACCGCCUACUCUCGCUGACAGGACCGUUGUUUCUUCGGCCACUUCUACACCGCACCAUCAUCAUCACCACCAUCAUCACCAUCACCAUGUCCCACGAUCCGGCAUUCACACACCUCACCAGACGGCUCCACCUGUUCCGACAAAAGAGUACAGCACUAUGGUCAAACUGGACUCGAUCUUAAAGAGUGUAGAGCAUCUGCCUCGCUACCAUCUGGGAUCGACCCUCUACGCACCUCGCAUCAAUGUCCCCUCUCCAGGAGCACCACCAGAAGCGGCAAAAUUCGGAUAUUCGUCUACCCCGGUUCCUAUUCCACGGUUCGACGGCAAGGAAAAUUGUACAUUUACGAUUCGUGUUCCUCGGUUCCGGAUCGAUGCGCCACGCCGAGAAGAAAUUUGUGCGAGAAGAGCUCUUUGGGGAACUGGAGUGUAUACAGAUGAUUCCGAUCCCGUGGCGGCAGCUAUUCAUUCGGGAUUUAUUCGUGGAGAAUGGGGAGAAGAUGUUGAUGUUUCGCUGCUGGAUCUUGAGAUUAAGGACCAGCAUCAACACGCCCCGCAUCCAACCAAUGGAGCCUUUGGUUCUUCCCACAAGAACGGCCCCGAUGGCAAGGUCAAGUCUGAAUCAGACGACAAACAAAAGGCAAAACACAGGAUCCCCCCCAUCCCACCUCCUGAUAAGGACCUCCACAUCACUCUGCUCAUCCUCCCACCACUCGAACGCUACGAAUCCAGCGUUAUGUACGGCCUCAAGUCACGGCCUUGGGGCAAUAACCAUGAUGGCAUGAGCUUUAAGGUGGAAAGCAUAGAGUGGGUGGAUGAGGGCGGAUCCAAAGGCCAGGAACGCGGCGGUGAAGCGCGUCGCAAGAGACUGAAGAGCAUGAUGCGUUCAGGACGGAUAUGCACUGCGGCUGGAAUGAAAGGUCGUGCGGGGGUCGAGUUUUUGAAGAAGAAAGGUCCUUCAGGGAUGGAUAAUGGGCCUAGAGUGUCGCCAGCGAGCCAAGAGUCCGCGCAGCCGAGAGUGGUUGAGACGGUGUCUUAACUUUUUUUUUUUUUUUUUUAAGGUUCAGUUUUGUAUCUUAGCAUAUCCUACGCUUCUGGGUGGCCCUUUUUUUUUCUCCUUUAUCGUGCUUCAUUGAUUCAUGACUCUAGCCUGUUUGAAGUUGUUGAGAUUUUAGCGAUUACUAUUCCUUUUUUUUUUUCCCCCUUUCGGCCAUGGAGUCUUCUCUAAAAUGGAAUAGGAGCCAGCGGGGAGGAAUACAUAAGUUAACAAUUA